UUCUCAUUUUACCAGGAUACUCGUACUUCCGCCCAUUGAAAUUGGCAUUUACUGGUCAUAUUAAUCAACAUUUUUAAACAUUACUACUAAAUAAUCAUGGAAUAUUUACGGAUACUUUUUAUGCUUUUCUUUGAAUUCGCAGCAAUAGGUAUUCAUGGAACGAAGGGCCAGUCGGUAUUCUUUACCUCCUGGGAAGAGCCGCCAAUAGAUUCCGGGAUGGGCAGAGGUAAUGCUUCAGUUGUUGUGAAAGAAAAUGGUACGCCGGGAACCAGCACCGGUAUCAAACUGAAAGUGCUAGGCGGAACCGGAAAUAUCAGUUACAUACUCCAACAAGAUAACCCACAGCAUUUCGCAAUCGGUGGACCAGCUAAUGACGAAGUUACAGUUGUAUCGCCGGUCGAUUAUGAAAAGCUGAAGGAAGUGACAGUCACGGUGAUAGCGUUUGACGAAGGUAACCCGCAGAAGACAGGAAGUGCUAUAAUGACGAUCUUCAUUGGUGACGUCAACGAUAACGCCCCUGUAUUUGAACGCAAGAUAUAUGAUGUGACAAUUUCUGAGCUGGCUGAUCUAGGUAGGCCAUUUACUACUGUUAGUGCUACGGACGCGGAUGGUUCCCUUGAAAACAACAAGCUAUCAUAUUCAAUUAAAGGCGGAAAUAAAGAAAACACAUUUGAAAUAGAUUCAACAUUCGGUAAUAUAUCACUUAUCCGACAACUGGUUUACUCUAAGGUUCAACAUUACACAUUAACCGUUAUUGCUGUUGACGCAGGGAUCGGUCCACACGCGCUGACGGCUACUACAACCGUAAUGAUAAACGUUACGGAAGUUAAUACAUUUUCGUCAUGGAAGCAACCCCCGAUCAGCCGUGGCAUAGGACAUGGCACCGCUACUGUCAAGGUGAAAGAGAAUGGUAAACCGGGUACCAGUACUGGUAUAAAACUUCAGGCGCUUGGAGGAAAUGGAACAAUUCUCUACACAAUAAUAGAUCAAGGUCAACACAAUUACUUCUCAAUAGGGGGACCAGACAGAGAUGACGUCAUCGUCGUAACUCCAGUAGACUUUGAAGCACAAAGAAAUGUGACUUUAGUAGUGCAAGCGGAAGACAGUGGUCUGACGCCUAAAACCGGAAGGGCUACAAUGACCAUCUUGAUUGAUGACGUCAAUGACAACGCGCCUGUUUUCCAACAAACACGUUACCAGAUAUCCAUUUCAGAGAAAACAAAUGUGGGAACCGAGCUUCUAACCGUCAAUGCAAUUGAUAAUGACGGUACCUCGCCGAACAAUGACGUCACUUACUCUCUGUCUGGAGGAAAUACUAACGGCGAUUUUUCUAUCUCACCAAAGACUGGCGUUAUAACUGUUGCACGUGCGUUUAAGGAGACAAGAACAUCAGUGUACCAAUUGGAGGUCCGUGCUGUGGACGGAGGGACUGAUCCAAGGCCAAUGUCCGGGUCAACAGAAGUGUCAGUAACUAUAAACAGAGCAGACGACACAACUACGACAGUAACUACAGUGUCUACCACAAAACCGAGUGGUGCGGACUCACUGCUACCAUGCCUGUUUACCACGUUACUGUGUUUAGUUUGCCUAAGAGCCUGUAAAGUGCUAAACUAACUUGUUUAAACAUAUCAAAUAGCAUACUGUAAAUCAGUACAAUUCGAGAGGAAUUAAGUUUCUGUAAUUUUGUGGUUUUAAUUUUUCCACGUAAAAAUAUACUCGCUUUUACUAACUGAGGAAACAUUAAGACCAAACACCUUUUGAAUUUUGUGAAAUUUUGACAUAACGAAAAUAUAUAAAAAUGUUAUAUUCUUCCAUCAUUUCUUAAUUUAUAGACAUACUAUAGAAUAACUGUUGAGGUAUCCAAUCCGCAGAUAAGCAGCUUCUAAAAACAGAGCCAUUAAAAUAUAUCAAAUAUUGGUACCUUGUAGGCUCAUAUAAUUUUCGUAUCAUAUAAAAGUGUAUUGUCUUCUGGAAAAGAAAAUAUAGAUUAUAUGACAAAAAUAUG